AUGGCACCCCGUAACUAUUCAGAGCUGGGCCGGUCUCUAGGCCUGCUGGGAGACCAGCUGCCAUGGUACUGGAAAGUCGUCUCCAUCGGCUCGGCGUGGUCGCUGCUCGCCGGGUAUGUCAUGUCCAAUGAAUCUGGUGUCGUCGAUGUUGGUCGUCAGAUCGCUAACAAGUCUGCCCUAUCUAGCUUCCUCCUCUUCCCGUUCGCGAUGGAGCCAAACUCCGUGAAGCUGGGAGCAGACAAGAAUGCGCUUCUGGGAGCUGCCGUUAUCCUCCUCACGCUCGCAUAUCUCCUCAGUGCGCUAUACUAUGUGCGGUGGCGCCGGAGUAUCUAUCUCUUCAACUCGCUCUUCUUCGCCUGUUUCACUUCAUCCAUUCUCGGGCUUUUCAAUGUCAUCAUAAGCAUCCUGGUGCGGAACCUACUCCCACUAAAUAUGAUGUCCAUCAUCAUCGUUACUAUCUCCUGCAUCUCCACCGCCGCCUACGGCUUCUUUGCUUUCUACUUCUCCGAUUACUGGAUGUCCUUGACCUCUUCGCGGCAGCGGCGGCAGAAGAAUUCUCGGGCUACCACUGAUGUAGGCCCAGAUGACACCGAGCUGCAGAGACGGCAGCUUCUCCGUCUCUAUCUACGGCCGGACAGGGCACCCAGCGUCGAAGUGUCACAGAGCACAUUCCGAAUAGACCUGCCUGAUCACCAGUCUGUCGCUGAUACUGAGGAAGAGAUGCUCGUCACCCCUCCACAGAAUGCGUACGAACGCGGACUUCCCCCCACGGCACCUCCAAACAACUAUAACCCCUUUGCGAUGCACAGAAGCUCGUCCAAACUAAACCCUCUCCGCUACUGGCAGCCUCAGCGUGGCCAUAGAGACCAAAGACGCCCUCUCGCAGAGCUGAUCAGCUGA